AUGGCGUUAGAGUUUAAGAAGGAAGAUACUGUCUUGACUGCCGGAGAUUGGCCCAAGCUCCUCAAGUUUUUGAGCGCCAAGCGCCACAAGAAUGUGGUUUUGACGCUGACAGUAGAUCGUAACGUACCUACUGCACCCCGAGCUCUCCCAACGCCAGAAGAGGCAGCGACAAAUGCAAAGGCUACCUUGAGUGACACACCACUGCACACCUUGGCCCUCAUCAUCCAGAGCAGCGAGAAAGGGGAUAAGCCUGUGAAAGCUUCCGAGCUGAAGCUGCAACUGGAUGCCGCUCACAAGUUCUUGAUGGAGCAGCCAGCAUAUGCCACGCAAGCUGCUUACAGUGACUGCUCCGUCACAUCGCAUGACGCAGCCUUGGAAAAGCUAAAGUCGGAUGGCGUGGAAGUUGAGGAUGAGAAAAGCGACAGCCGCAAACGCGAGUAUGAAGAUGGAAUAGAGUUGUUCAACAUGGCCGAGUCUCUGUUUCAGCUGUUCCUCCCGCUCGACUGCGACGGCCCAACAACAGGCAAAUUUUGGGGUGCCGUCCGGGACCUGGCUCGCGGUGCCAAAAGGCAGGAUGAUAAGUCUCCUGAAACUGCAGCCUCUCGUCGCAGAGGUCGUGAAUUGCGGAUGAACCAGGAAACAGUCCUGAGAUCGUUGCGGCUGAUGUACCCCAAGAUCAAAAUUUUCCAAGGCAUCAUGUCGAACGUGCCGGAAGAGUAUCGUAUUAAGCUGGAAGCGCCGCGGCAAUUUGUUACGGCCUGGCUCCACGUCAUUAGUGGCCUGGUCUUGUGUCGCGCGGGGGACAGUUCAUGGGAGUCGCACAUUUCCAUUGCUCAGAGGAGACUCUUGAUGGAGGGAAUGGACAAGAUGAUCCAAGCUCUUCCGGCGCAUAAUCUGCUAGACAGUGUCGUUUUGCAACCUUUUGAGAUUGCCUCGCUUGCCGUGCUGAAGCUGAUGCAGGAUCGUGCAUCGCAGCCUGAUGAUAUCAACGAGACGUACUCUCAGUACCUAGCAUCUUUGGACAAUGAUAUUACGACAAAGCCGUCUGACAGAUCGUACCAGCAUCGAAUCGAUCUUGUCAGACGAGAGAUCUCCGCCGUUCGAAGAACAGUCACUCGCCAGCGACACAUUGUAGCAACCAUGAGGCAAACCAUCUAUCCCAACGCGAUGACCGACUUCUUCCGAGGCGGCGACGAUGAUGUUUACGUGCCUCGGGGCAGAUACACCAACAAUGUCAGGAGCACACGCAACGAUUACUACACGGAGGCCCGACGAGAAGAGGAUCACACAAGCUUCGAUUACAACCUGAAGGUGUCGCCCAUAGACAAGAACGGCUUCCGUGGCCUGCUCUUGACCGAGAACUCGAAACAACUUGACCAGCGCGACUUUGAGUUUCGACGAUACGUGGAAUUCGUGGAUGACCUGGAGCGGACCGUCGCCUUUAAGAUGAACUGGACCAAGGAUCGGCAGGAGAACGCCGUGUACGCGUUCACGAUUGUGACGAUCGUCUUCCUGCCGCUGAGCGCGGUGGCCGGCAUUUUCGGCAUGAACACGUCGGACGUGCGCGACAUGGACUACAGCCAGUGGCUGUUUUGGGUGGUGGCGCUGCCGGUGACGAUCCUGGUGAUCGUGGUCGGGCUCUGGUGGAUGAACGAGCUGGGCAACGUGGUGCGAUGGCUCACCGGGCAGCGGUCGGCCGGCGGCGGCGGCGGUCCUGCGGUUGGCACGGGUUACGGAGGCGUGACGGCGGAGUCGGCCGAUUUCGGGUACUACUCGGACGGAGAAGAGGACAAGCUGCGGCGGCGGCGCUACAGCGUGAGGCGGACGUUGACGGAGAGCCCUCUGGGAUACAGCAGUAGACGAUCGGAGAUGCGGCAGCGACGAGUGCGAAUGCCGUAG